UAUAUAAACAGCCUCAGGGUUGCAGCUGGCUUCACUGAGACUGCGAAUUUGAACACUUGCGAGCCUGAACAGACUUGUGCAAAGUAGCAGAUUUGGGUGCAGCUGUUUUUUUCUGGUUGGGCAGCACCUACCCACUCCCCAGGAUGCUGCUGGUACUGGUCCUGCUCCAGGUUUGUCUGUGCUGCCUCCGGCUGGGAAGCACCGAGGUGGUGACGUCUUUCAAAGGCACGUGCCCUCAGUUUUUCUUCGGCAGAACGCCCCCAGGCGAUGCCCUCGAACCGGACAGCGCGGCCAGGAUUUGCCAGCGGUACAAGAACCAGUACCACUAUGCCACCCUAUAUGACAGGAACCGGCGUAUCCCAAUCUACUCUGCUUAUCUGUACCAGCCGAGUCAUGGGAAGAGGCCUAACAUCUGGAUGGUAGAGCCCCAGCUGAUGGGGUCGAGUUACCCAAAGGAAAUGGAACCAGAAUUGACCCUCAUGACUAUGCUCAAUGUCAGCCAAAAUGAGAUUAAAAAAAGUCAGGCCGUUUUCCAAGAUUACAAGAACCUUACUAAUUGCAACCGGGGCCAUUUGAACCCCAGUGGGCACCAACCCAACCCUGACAGCAAGGCCUCAACCUUCACCCUGACCAACAUCGUGCCACAGUAUGAGAAACUCAACGGUGGGCAAUGGAACGACUAUGAGAAAUCAGUCAUGGCCACCAGGACUGCAGACUGUGCCAACACCUACGUUGUCGUGGGAGUGGUUCCCGGCAACAAUUAUAUAGCUAAAGGCCGAGUCAACAAGCCCAGCCACAUCUGGUCUGCCGCCUGCUGUGAGGUCGAUAACAACCACAGGAGGUCCUGGGCGGUCAUUGCGGAGAACGACAAAAACGCCAUCACGCUGGUCACGCUAGGGGAGCUGGAGGAGCAGUUGACUGGACUAUAUCAUAAGGGGGCAGUUUCUCUGUUUCACAGCGACUGUCCUCGAAAUUAAACCCUGGACUCUGCUCCCAGACCCGUCUUUUCAUCCCAGGGAAGACCAAGGUUGAGAGCCUUGCACUGCUUUUAAGCUAUCCUGCUUCCUUUAUGAGAUGCUUUUACAUCUAUGUUUUUCUGAACUAGCUCAAAAAUGUCUCCUUUUGUGAGGGAAAACGCAGGUGCCAUCUUGUUCCCUGUUACAAGCCUUGAAAGGCAACUUUGCCUGUGGAAAUCGAGGAAUGCCUCCCUGUGAUUCCCGCUACCCCGUGGGGCAGAGGCCGCAUGGCCUGCCGCCAAGCUUGACAGGGUCCUGCCACGGCUGAAAGGAGAGCAGUGGGGAAAAUUUAAUACAGCUGGGUUAUUGAUCCUGCCCUGAGCAACGUUAAAGAGGCUGCAGAAAGGAUGGGAUGUAUAACACCCAGCCCACACACUUUCCCUAAGACCAGACCAGUGUCUCUUCCCAGCUCACAUACACCAGCUCUAAUAGACACUGGCACAUCUAGGGCAUGGAUGACACCAGAGAUGCAGCUCAUGCCUCCUCCUCGU